AUGAAUAGCGUUUUUUCAAAUAGUGUCAACAACAAACACAGAUUAUCAGGGAAAAAGAGUAGUGUACUAUUACUAGCAGACAGUCAUGGCAGGAAUCUAUCCAGCAUACUCCGUGAGAAAAAUCGCGACAUAGCAGUAACUAGUGUAGUGAAACCGGGAGCGGGAUUACUGGAAAAAGUUGUGUAUGAGAAACUUAUGAAAUUUAUAAAUAAAAACAGCAUCCUAUGUAAUGAACAACAUGGAUUCAGAAAUAAGAGGUCAACGACAACUGCUGUCUAUGAGUGCAUCAAUUCCAUCCUAAACCUGAUGGACAAAAAACAGGAAACAAUAGGAGUCUUUAUUGACUUGUCAAAAGCAUUUGACAUGGUGGACCAUAAAAUUCUGCUAUCAAAGCUAGAAAGAUAUGGUAUUCGAGGUCUGUCCAACAAGUGGAUCAGUUCCUUCCUGACAAAUCGUAUGCAGGCAGUGUGCGUCAAGCACACAGAUAUUGAACUAAAAACUGUAUCUAAUCACUUAUCUGACUAUAAACAAAUAAAAUGUGGUGUACCCCAAGGAUCCGAUUCUAUUAAAAGGAGACGACGAUGA